UCAAACUCACUUAAGCCACCCAAAUUAUUUGUUUUCAGAAGUUUUCUAAGUCAGAGUCUAAAGCGUUGCUACUUGACAAAGCUCAAUAGCACUUCUGAGCUGGCAAGUUAUCAUUAAUUUUUGUUUUUCGUUAAAAUAAGCUAGCAGGAUUCUUCUUAACUAUACUUGAAUUCUUCUGGAAUUCUUGCUUAAAGCAUUUUAGUGCUGGUUUACUAUUGAGGCUUCUUCAAAUAUGAACUAACUUUGAAUGGUAAGAGAUGCCUUAUAAACUUAAAAUUAGGCUAGAUUCUUUAUUUGUGCUGUUGCGUUCAAUGGUCAAGAUGAAGGUUAAAAUACUGGUUCUUCUCCGUUGUAGAAUAAGAUUUUCAACUAGCUUCUUGUUGUAAGCUUUAAGAGCUAUGAGGCCUCUGAAGCUUACAAUCUUGAUCAAUUUUAAAUGUAAAUACACUCAACUAGAAGCUAAAAGAAAUGCUUGUGAGUGAAAACAUGUGACCUGAUUUUGAGCCUGUUUAAUUUGUAGAGGUAGAAAAUAUUUAUUCUCUCAUAUCUCAUUUCUUUACUAA